AUGCAGACCAUCAAGUGUGUCGUAGUAGGAGACGGAGCUGUCGGAAAGACAUGUCUCUUGAUCUCAUACACAACCAACAAAUUCCCCUCUGAAUAUGUUCCCACAGUCUUUGACAAUUAUGCCGUGACCGUCAUGAUUGGAGAUGACCCAUACACUCUCGGCUUAUUCGAUACUGCCGGACAGGAAGAUUACGACCGUCUUCGACCUUUGUCAUAUCCUCAGACUGACGUUUUCCUCGUCUGUUUCUCCGUCACAAGUCCGGCGUCAUUUGAAAACGUCAAGGAGAAAUGGUUUCCCGAGGUCCACCAUCACUGCCCAGGUGUCCCCUGUUUGAUUGUUGGAACUCAAGUCGAUCUGCGUGACGACCCAUCACACCUUGAGAAAUUGUCUAGACAAAAGCAGCGGCCUAUUACGAAUGAUCAAGGCGAGAGAUUGGCCAGAGAACUCGGAGCUGUCAAAUACGUCGAGUGUAGUGCCCUGACUCAACGAGGAUUGAAGAAUGUCUUUGAUGAGGCCAUUGUCGCUGCGCUGGAACCGCCCGUCGUCAAGAAGCCGAAAAAGUGUGUAAUUCUGUAG